AUGGGCGGCAAGGUCCUCGUCUCCACUCAGGAGCACAUUCAGCGCCUGAUUGCCAUCCGUCUGCAGGCGGAUGUCCUGAACUCGCCCUUGGUCCUCGUUGCACGCACAGAUGCCGAGGCUGCCACGAUGAUCGACUCCAACAUCGAUCCGGUCGACCAUCCCCACAUCAAGGGUGCCACUGUCAAGGGUGUGGAGAGCCUCUACGAGGCCAUGCGCAAGGGCACCGACAAGGACUGGGAGAUGCUUGCGUACAACCUGAGCCCGUCCUUCAACUGGGACACCGCCGGCAUGACCGAUGCGCAGAUGGAGUCCUUCAUUUGGGACCUGGCCAAGCUCGGCUUUUGCUGGCAGUUCAUCACCUUGGCCGGCUUCCACUGCGAU